ACUAAGCAACAGCGUCCUUAACAACAAGCCCGUUAAAAGGGGCAAACAUUGAAACGAAUUGUCACUAUCGCUCCAGUUCGAAUUUCAAUCGUACCAUUUCAACUAAUCUUUAGCAAUGGGUCUUGGUGAUGCGUGGUCUGCCGAUCCUGAUUUGAACAGCAGGGAUCCUAAUGAAUUAAAUAACCACUUAGCUGUGACAUAUGAAGACGUAAUUGGUGAACCUGAUCACUUACACAGUAUCGAUUGUGUUUGGCGAUUCAGUUACAAAUGCUUUAAUUUAUGGAAGACGUUGUGCUAUCUGAUUAUGUCUACCAUUUGUGGUAUUCCCAUGGCAAUAUAUUGGGGUUGCCUCUUCAGCUGCAUUGCUUUCUGUCACAUUUGGGAAAUAACCCCAAUGUUUAAAUUGUUUGAAAUCAACGUAAGCUGCUACAAGAGAUUCUAUGGUCUCCUAAUACAUUGCUGUUUGGAUCCAAUUUGCGAAGCUGUUGGUCUGUGCUUCAGUGCAUUCAAGAAGUAA